CCUAACGAACUCGUGGCUGUGGUGUUUUGUGAAAACUGUCAAAAUGCCAGAGCCUUCGAAGUCAGCCCCAGCUCCCAAAAAGGGGUCGAAAAAAGCAGUCACCAAGACCCAGAAGAAGGGAGACAAGAAGAGGCGAAAGACAAGGAAAGAGAGUUACGCCAUUUACGUGUACAAAGUACUGAAACAGGUGCACCCGGACACUGGCAUCUCCUCGAAGGCGAUGGGCAUCAUGAACUCGUUUGUUAACGACAUCUUCGAGCGUAUCGCCGGGGAAGCUUCGCGCCUGGCGCACUACAACAAGCGCUCCACCAUCACAUCCCGGGAGAUCCAGACGGCCGUGCGCCUGCUGCUGCCGGGGGAGCUGGCCAAACACGCCGUGUCCGAGGGCACAAAGGCAGUGACCAAAUACACCAGCUCCAAGUGAAAAUGAACGAAUAAGCCUGAUAUGGAUGUGAAAAUGAACGAAUAAGCCUGAUAUGGAAAAUAGAGACUGUGGACUCUUUGGCUCUGUCUAUACUUGAGGAUGGAAAAUGUUUAUCAUACACUGUUGAUUGAUUAAGCUCUGGCCUUCUGUGAAACCAACAUUCACCUGAGAUUGUUCCUGGUUGUGAGACAUUUGCACGUGAGAUCACUUGUACUGUACUACUAUGGCAUAUGGCUUGUUAUUUGUGAACUAAUGUUGCUGUAAACUCAAAUUGCCGAAGGAAAACACUGUGGCUAUGUUUUUUUUUUUUUUUUUUUUAUGGAUUUAUGACCUUGCACUGCUGUAUUUAUAUUAACACAAAGUUUCAUGCCUAAAUGUUUCUUCAUUUUUUCCUUAUAAUUUAAUACAAAUAAACAUAUUGGUUAAUGGUAAAUACAAUCCGAUUGCUGAGUUUUAUUACCAUUUAAUAAGUGGCUUAUAACUAUGGAGAUGAACAAAAAUGUAUAAGGUGAAAUAAGACAGCUAAUAGUGAAUAUUCAUGUAAGAUCUAGUUGUUGGAGGAAAAACACUGGCUUUGGGUUUUCUGGAUUUCUUUAUUGACACAUUUGUGUAAACUUGUUGUAUAGUGUAUGUUUUGGCUAUUUAAAAUGAAGACUAAUUUUUCUUUUUCUCAGUUUCUUUGCAUGUACCCUAUCAACAUUUACUACAAUUAAACGCAUUAAUUAAAUGUUUUAAGCUCAACUGACAGCAUUUGUGGCACAAUGUUGAUUUUGAAAUAUGUUCGACUUGUCCCUUACAACUUACAAUUUUUGGAGGGUUUAAAGGCAGAAAGGUAAAGAUGAUAAUUUGUUAAAGCUCUGCAUUAAUUGUAGAUACUUGAAAAUUAUUUGAGCUGUAGCUUAAAUUGUCAUUUUAACUGCCAUUUUAUGGUGUACGACGUUACGUUGUCAUGGCAACUAAGUUGUUA